UCUUCUUUGCACGUUUUUCUUAUAAAUACAUUUGUCUUGAUUCAAAUCUUGGAUUCAACUCGAUCGAUUCCAUAAACUUGGGAAUCAAAAACACCAUGAACAUUCAGUUUGAGUCAGCUUUGUUUGCGCACCUUCUUUCCCUUUUCGUCCACGGCUCACUUUUACAUGAAGCCCGUUUUGAGGAAUGCACGCUCGUCUUGCACUAGCAUUCCUGCCUCCUCCUAGACAUCACAUCCGGGUCACUCGGCAGUCAGCGUGUAAGCGAGCGUGCUCCUCCAUACAGUUGCGUACUGCUGCUGCAGCUCUCAGCGCAACUCCACUGCAUGCAACAUGGACACUACGAGCAGCGGCCAGCCGCGGAGGAUCUGAGCGCGCCUCGGGACACGCUGACACGCGAUACGCCACACUGGGGCAGGGGAUGAGGUGCCAUCCAGCAGCCGCACACUGGUAGGCGAGUCGUCAGUUGUCAGCGAUGUCAAAGAGUCUGAAAAAGAAGAACCACUGGACGAACAAAGUCCACGAAGCGGUGCUCACCAGGAAUAAGGAGGGUGAGCUAGGGUUCGACUUGAAAGGGGGCGCCGAGAACGGCAAUUUCCCUUAUUUUGGGGAGGUGAAGCAGGGUAAGGUGGCCAUCCAGAGCGGCAAGCUGUCCCAGGACGAGCUGCUCUUGGAGGUCAACGAUACACCGGUGGCGGGGCUCACCAUCAGGGAUGUGCUGGCCGUGAUCAAGCACUGCAAAGACCCGUUCCGACUGAAGUGCGUGAAGCAAGGAGGUGUUGUGGAUAAAGAUCUCCGGCAUUAUCUCAACCUACGGUUCCAGAAGGGUUCAGUGGACCACGAGCUUCAGCAAAUCAUACGUGAUAACCUCUACCUCCGGACUGUGCCGUGCACAACGAGACAGCCCAAAGAGGGGGAGGUCCCAGGUGUGGACUACAACUUUGUGAGCGUUGAGCGGUUUAUGGAAUUAGAGAAAAGUGGAGCUUUGUUAGAAAGUGGAACAUACGAAGAUAACUUCUAUGGCACGCCUAAGCCUCCUGCCGAACCCACGCCGAUGCUGUUUAAUGUGACGGACCAACUCUUGCCCGGUGCCCGACCCAGUGCAGAGGGAAAAAGGAAGAGAAAUAAGUCCGUCAGCAACAUGGAGAAGGACAGCAUUGAGCCACCAGAAGAGGAGGAGGAAGAGAGCCCUGUCGUCAAUGGCAACGGCAUCGCCAUCACACCAGAAUCGAGCGAACACGAGGACAAGAGUACUGACGCUUCCGGAGACGUGCCCGUCCAGCCAUGUCCACCCGAGACCCCCACCCUCACCGCCACAGAUGCCCCUGAGGAGGAAGGAGACGCCCCCAAGUCCCCACAGGACUCCCAGGAGAAUGACGAACUGGGCCCUUUGCCAGAUAACUGGGAGAUGGCCUACACUGAGAAAGGAGAAGUUUACUUCAUAGAUCACAAUACCAAAACAACAUCAUGGCUCGACCCUCGACUAGCGAAGAAAGCCAAGCCCCCAGAGGAGUGUGAGGAAGAUGAACUUCCAUAUGGCUGGGAGAAAAUAGACGACCCUAUUUAUGGCAGUUACUAUGUUGACCACAUUAACAGAAGGACACAGUUUGAGAACCCCGUCCUAGAGGCCAAACGAAGGAUCCAACAGCAACAGCAAAUGCAAAGUCAAGGUCUAUCGGCGUUGCCAUUGCCCACAAUAUAUAGAGAAAAGCCUCCAUUCACGAGGGACGCCACACAACUCAAAGGGACUUUCCUCACCACAGUGCUGCAGAAGAGCAAUAUGGGAUUCGGCUUCACCAUUAUUGGUGGGGACGAGCCGGAUGAGUUCCUACAGGUCAAGAGCGUCAUACCUGAGGGACCUGCAGCCCAAGAUGGCAAGAUGGACACAGGUGAUGUGAUCGUCUACAUCAAUGACAUCUGUGUUUUGGGCACCACCCAUUCUGAUGUGGUGAAGCUUUUCCAGUCGGUCCCCAUUGGCCAGAGCGUCACCCUGGUGCUGUGUCGAGGUUACCCUCUCCCUUAUGACCCAGAAGACCCCUCCGCUAGCUCCUCCAUGCCCCCUUUGGGCCUAGUGGAUCACCCGUUGCUGCUCAAUGGAAGGAACAGCUAUGAAAAUUACAUGGAGUACAUGUCUUUGACUGGCCGCUUAGUACCCGAGCACGGCGAGGGCCUUACCUCGCAUCCCCAUCCUGGAGACACACACCUGGACGGAUCGCAGCCUCCAUCCCUGACCACACCGGGACCCCCACCUGAUGACAGCGUCUCCAUGGCGUCAUCCUCAGGAGCAACCGCUGGGGCCCCUGAGCUUCUGAGUCUCACUAUAACCAAAGGUGCAGAGGGUUUCGGGUUCACCAUAGCGGACAGUCCCACAGGGCAAAGAGUCAAACAGGUUCUGGAGCCACAGGGUUGUCCGGGGUUAUGUGAAGGAGAUUUGAUGGUGGAGAUUAAUCAGAAGGGUCUCCAGGGACUCAACCACACACAGGUGGUGCAGCUGCUCAAGGACUGUCCAGUGGGAACAGAGGCUACGCUUGUCAUUCAGAGAGGAGCAGCAGCAGGCCUCUACACACCCUGGGAUCCCACAAAACAGUGGGAUCCUCAAGGAAGCCCCCAGACCAGCUUGUCGGCUGCUUUGCUCCCCCAUGGUGCUCCACAUCCCGGCCAGCCGCUCCAUCGCUCCUCUGUUCCGGACACUGAGGGCUUCCACCUGGGCAAACCUGACCCCUAUGACCUCUAUGAGAAGUCACGUGCCAUUUAUGAAAGCAGACAGCCAGUCCCUCCUCGGACGCUGACAGACUCUACAGGUGUGGAGUAUCAGGAAGUGGAAGUGCACCUGCUGCGUGAGAAGACUGGCUUCGGCUUUAGGAUCCUGGGUGGAGACGAGGCGGUGCAGGCUGUGAGUCCGGAGGCCCGUGACAAGAUUGUGAUCGGAGCAAUCAUAGAGAACAGUCCUGCGGAGCGCGACGGCAGACUGCGUCCAGGAGAUGAGCUGGUCUCGGUUGACAGGAUGCCCGUGGCGGGGAGACCACACCGCUACGUCAUCGACCUCAUGCACGCGGCGGCACGAAACGGACAGGUCACCCUGACAGUAAGGAGGAGAGUUCUGUUGCAGCAGGGCCAGCCAUGUGAGGAAAACGGUGCAGCAGCCAAUCAAAGCAGUUCUCCUCGGGGGCAUGCAGUGUGUCCGGUCAACCUGCCCCCCACCACUGAUGUAGUUAUCCACCGUAAGGAAAGCGAAGGCUUUGGCUUCGUCAUCAUCAGCUCCCUCAACCGCCCAGAGACCACAAACACAAUAACUGUGCCACAUAAGAUCGGCCGCAUCAUCGAGGGCAGUCCGGCUGAUCGCUGUGGGAAGCUGAAAGUUGGUGAUCGUAUUAUGGCCGUCAACUGUCAGUCAAUUAUCAACAUGCCUCACGCUGACAUCGUCAAGCUGAUCAAAGACGCGGGACUCACUGUCACCUUGCACAUCAUCCCAGAAGAAGAUGUAAACGGUGCUCAUUCGGCCCCUACAUCAGAGAAGCAGAGUCCCAUGGUGGCCCAGAAGCACAGCCCUCAGACUCAGUCCAGCCCAGCAGCCCAGCAGAGCCCGACCGUGUCUCAUCCCAGCCCUCCAGCGCCCCACCCCAGCCCGGCCACCACACAGCCCAGCCCCCUGCUGAUGGAGCCGGGCCCUGGAGCUCCACACAGCAGCCCCCCAGUGACUCAGAGCAGUCUACCUGUGAGUCAGGCCGGCCUGGAAGCCAUGCAGUCAGGCUCAGCGGUGACUCAGGCUGCUCCUGUUGUGGAUCCGGGCAUACCGGGAGUUCAGCCCACCUCCAUCGGAUCAGUGCCAGUCCCACCACAGCUGUACCUUCAUGACAUCAGGUCAGAGGUUAAAGCCAGGCAGGAUGUUAAGCCUGAUAUCUGCCAAGCUGCAUAUACGGACUACAGACAGCCUCCGGUGGACUACAGACAUCCUCCUGUAGCAGACUACAGACAGCCGCCCACCAUGGAGUACAGACACCCACCCGCUCUCAUAGACUACAGACAGCACUCCAUCGCCGAUUACAGACCACAGGACUAUGACUACUUCACUGUAGAACUGGAGAAAAGUGUGAAGGGAUUUGGCUUUAGUAUUCGGGGAGGACGGGAAUACAAGAUGGACCUGUUUGUGCUGAGACUGGCGGAGGACGGACCUGCGAUCCGCAACGGCAGAAUGAGGGUUGGAGAUCAGAUUAUUGAAAUUAACGGUGAGAGUACGAGAGACAUGAGUCACGCUUGUGCCAUCGAGCUCAUCAAGGCCGGCGGUCGGCGAGUACGCCUGCUGUUGAAAAGGGGCACGGGACAGGUGCCGGAAUAUGGAAUGGUACCUACCAACCUUACCAUGUGCAUGAAAAGCGACACUCUAGCCUCACCCUAUUUCUUCAUAAUGGGACACUCUAAAGACACGACAGUGCCGCCUCCCGGAGUGCUGUCUCUCCAGCCGCCCCUGCCUUGUCGGAAGUAGUCUCACCCCGCUAGUGUGACACUCGCCCUUCGCCGUCACCCGUCAUCUCAUCCAGCCUCAAACCCUGGACUUUCAGUGGCAUUCUGUGACAGUCUGGACCAAUCACGGCGCCCCUCGUGGUCAGUUUUGUGGGGCUUCGCCCGCAGAACGAAGGGUGGCAGGUCCACCUGUAAGAGCUGUGCUUUGAACAGCCUAAAAAACAGAGGAGAUGGAUCAUAAAAGAAAAUAUAAAGAACAGAUGGAGACACAUCAACCUCAAAUGGAUUGUCGCAUCCAACAUGCUUUUCAUAUCGUCUUUAAUCCAAGUUUGUUUUUCAUUUUUUUCCGGAUGAUCCAGAUGAAUGGCAGCCAAAGACGUGUGGCUCGCCCUCUCGAUCUUUAAUUCUGGAUCCAGAGCGGAAACUUCUCGCAGGGGAACGAGCCGGACAUUCAACGCCUCGUUCUUCCAUCCGGUGGACCCGAGCUCACUUUAUUGGUUUAUCAUGUAGAGGUUGUUUAUUUUUUGUAUAAUUUCAAGACGUUCAUACCAAUCCCCUAGCGAUACCGGGGGUCAAAUAUCGCAAAUAUAUGUGUAGCAUGAAACGAGAUUUCCGAAGAAACACACUAACUUGUUGAGUUGAGAACUUCAACGUAUCAGUAUUGCGUUUCGUUAUAUGUCUGAUGGGAAAAAACUCACCAUAGACAUUGUGAAACACUGACAGUAAAUAUAAAGGGAGACCGCCAUGAUGGAGAUACAAGGGUAAGUAUCACGCCGACCCCUUCGGCCUGAAUUACGGGAGGUAAAUGCAUAUCAAUCGCCAAAUCUGCCGCAUGGACGUACCCCUUUAGAUCCCAAGACAAUAUGUUACAUUAGUAUGGUUCAGUCGAUGAAUUCCACACCUAGCCAAAUGUUCGGAACUGAAUCGAAGAAGGACCGAGGAUGUUUUCGAAGCCUCAGUACAUCAUUCUGUCCUCAUUGGCCCUGUACUGUGUGCCACCACUGUGGAUUUGGGGUGCCAUCUUACACCUCACAAGCUUCAUUCUCAUGUCUCUGAUGGCUCUGUAGUUCAUGGAAGAUGGUUUUUCAGGACAGUUUGGUCUGAGACCAGCAGACAUGUAGUCUUUCAGCGUGUCCUAACCAAGUGCGACAUGAAAUAUUUUGCCUGUUCUCUCCGAACAUGAACAGGCAAAAUAACACCCACUAAGAACUUAUUUGAUAUAAGUACAGAGCAAUGUGGAUUUUGGACCAAUAAGAUGUAACUGUGGGCGGGGCUACAUACACAAAUAUGGUUUUUGGACUAAUAAGAUGUAAUUCUGGGUGGGUCUACCUAGAAAAUUGGCAAAAUUUUCUGCCACUUGUUACAAUUGCAGCUUGUUAGGGCAAAAAGUCCAAAAAUUUACUCUGUUUACUUUCUUAAUGCAGAUUCGUUUUCAAGAUGAGCGUGAUAUUUUGGUAUCAUACUGGUUAUUGGUCAAUAUUGGAUAUUUAAUUUUGCGUUUUAAUUGAUGAACAUGAACAAUGAACAUUAUGAUGCUGGGAUGCCCAGAUUCACUUGUAGCAUUUAAAACUAUUGUUUUUUUAGUGUUUUAUUUUUAUUUAUCUAGAAAAAAUUAUGUGGAAUUUUUAAUAUUGACCAUUUAUCGGUUAUCGCCCAUAACAUGAAAAUAAUUAUCAGCUUUUGUAUCGGCCAGAACUUUAUAUUCUGGUCACUUUGCUUUAUUGCUUGAUGUUUUUUCAUGUCACGCUUGGUUAAGACACGGUUCAGGUUCACCUGGGAGCAAAGACGAGGAAAAAGGAUGUUUUUAAAUGAUGGGGGCAUGAUCAGGGUCUCUCUAGCAUGAAAGGGUGGGACCCAGUUGUAUGGGGCAGAGUGCCUUACUGGCCGGACAAAGAGCAGUAUGAAAUAUGCAUUUUACAUAAAAAUAGAAAUAUCUUAAGAGCUGAGCUUUUGUUUUCACCUUUGAUUGAAUGGGGACAAACUUUGCCAAUUUUUUUCUGAUGUUGUGAAAUAGUUUCUUUAGUGAAAACAGUGUAUUAAGAUCAAACAUCUGAUCUGGCACAUGUGGACAGCAGGAUGAGACAAUAAGGUGACAGUAUAGCAAGAUUUGGUGUUUGUUGCGGCAAACAAUGUUUUAAUGCGAACCUCUGUCAUUCUAACCUUUUCAUUAGAUGGAAGAGACAGUGAUUUCAUACGCUGAUAGUGAUCAACAGAAACAUUUACAGUGACUGAAUCUCACAGUGUGGAGAGGGUUUGAUGCCAUGCAUUGUUUUGCCUCUUUUUUUGUAUUCAUUUAAUUGUGAAAUAGUCUUAUGCUGCUCUGCACCUGUCAUUCUGAUCACAGGCUGAUAACUGUGCCAAUUCAAUUGUUCUUAAGUUAUGUGGAAUGUAAUUCCAGAUUUUUGAGAACCACAGAAUAUCCUGAAACUACGCCAGGAGCCGCAUUGAAAAGUUGCAUAUCACUACAAGCUUAUCACAUUCCUACUUCUUAACUGCAAAAAAAAAAGUGUUACAGUAUUUUCUUGUUUUCCUGUAAAAAUUAAACAUUUUAAAACAAGGUUCAUUUUUUAGAGCAAGCAAUUAAAUAGUCUAAAAAACACAUCAAACAUUUCUUAGCAAAAGUAAUAUUUAAAAUUAUACAUAUUAAAUUUGAUUUAUUUAAUAUGCUAAACUUUGCUAAGUAUUUUGCCUAAAUAAAUGUAGUUGCUUUGUCAUUUACCAAAAUGUAUUGUUUAAAACAUAAACUUAAAUAUUUUAUUUAAUCAAUUAUUAUGCUUAUUAUUUUUAAUACAUUUACUUUAUUUCACAAGCAUUCAUAAUUCAUAAUGUAUACACCAUUGUGAGAUUCCUAAAUCCAGUUUAAUAGAAAUUUGUGUUUUAAAAUACAUAAAUCUAAAGCAAUAGUUCAGCCAAAUAUGAAAGUUUGCUAAAACUUUACUCACUCUAAGGUCAUCCAAGAUGUAGGGGAGCUCUUCAUGGAAACAGAUUUGGAGUCGUGUGGAUUAUUGUGAUGUUUUUAUCAGCUGUUUGGACUCUCAUUCUGAUGGCACCCAUUCACUGCAGAGGAUAC